UUACUGGUGCUGGUGGGUGACUGACGAUGACGAAACAACUUCAGUGUUCUUGGAGGCAUGUUCGGGUAUACAGUGACGCUCCUCGCCUUCUCCGCCUUCGCUCUAGGCGGAGUUGAGGCACAGCAUAAGCAGCAGGUGGUGUGCUACCUGGGAUCAUGGGCAGUGUACAGGCCAGGUGCAGGCAAAUUCAACAUAGAAAACAUUGACCCGACGCUCUGCACCUCCCUCAUCUACUCAUUCGUUGGUUUAGAUGAGACAUCUCUCACCAUUAAGUCCCUUGAUCCAGAGUAUGACUUUAACAAGAAGGCUCUUGAAAGGUUUGUCAACAUGAAAAGCUUGAACCCUCGAUUGAAGGUGCUGGUUGCUAUUGGAGGCUGGACAGAAGGUUCUAAAAAAUAUUCAGCCAUGGCCAAAACUGCUGCCUCCAGGAAAACCUUCAUUAAGUCUGCUGUGAAGUUUAUCCAGGAACACAAAUUUGACGGGUUGGACUUGGACUGGGAAUAUCCUGCCAACAGAGGUGGAGUUCCAGAAGACAAAGAAAAUUUUGUGGAGCUUGUAAAAGAGCUGCGUCAGGAGUUCAACAAGUAUGGUUGGAUGCUGACAGCUGCCAUGGCUGCUGGGAAGUCCACAAUUGAAACAGCUUAUGACAUAGAUGAUCUGGCACAAUAUUUGGACUUCAUUCAUAUAAUGGCAUAUGACUAUCAUGGCAAAUGGGAUGGUAAAACUGGUCAUAAUGCUCCACUGUAUCCCAGAGAUGAUGAAUCUGAUGUUGAGAAGACCCUUAAUGUGGAUACAACCGUGAAACUGUACCUUAAAUCAGGUGCUCCAGCUCAUAAGCUGGUGCUUGGUGUUGGUCUGUAUGGCAGGACCUUCCUACUGAGUGAUCCAGCCAAUGUAGGCAUCAGUGCUCCAGCACUCUCAUCUGCCUUUGCUGGACCUUACACAAGGGAGGAUGGAUUUUUGGGGUAUAAUGAGAUUUGUGAGAAACAAACAAUGGAGGGAGGGGCUUGGAGUAUUGUGUGGCAAAAGGCACAUCAGGCACCUUACAUGGUCCGUGACAACAUGUGGGUUGGUUACGAUGAUGAAAUAUCCCUCAGUGUCAAGGUUGCUUAUGCUCAGAAACAAGGUCUUGGUGGGAUCAUGAUCUGGUCCAUAGAUACUGAUGACUUCACUGGUUCCUGUGCUCCAAAGAACAUAAAGUUCCCAUUGCUCCGAGCUAUCAACCAAGCCCUCACCACCCAUUCGAAUAAGCGACCUUCCCUUACUACACCACCAAGCCCAAGGAAGCCUGACCCUGUUGAUGUUGAUGUUGAUGAUGAUGAUGAUGGCAUUGACCUUGAUGUAGACAAUGACCUUGAUGAUUAUAAAUAUGAAGUUGAUGAUAGCAGGACAUCACGUGUGGGUGGUGAUGAAAGUGGAUCAAGCACCACCACCAUCCCAGCACUUACUAUCCUCUUGACACUUCUGAUGACAACUGCAGUUGCUCGCUGAUCCUCAUUCCUGCUUCCUCAAUUUCUGUGAACUGUAUAUGAAAAUACAGUACUGUACUUCUCUCUGAUAAAUCCAGACAAAGUGAAUAUAUAUAUAUAUGUGUGUGUGUGUCCGCACGAGAAUCUCGGAACCUACUUUACCGAUCUU